GGAAAGUAUUUGUAGGGAGAAAGAAACGUUCGUCGAAUCCUCCUCCUCCUCUUCAUUCCCUUGAUCGCCGUCGUAUGUUCAGCUGCGAGUGAGAUAGAAUGGAGGAAGAGAGGGAUGAAUCGAGGAAAAUCAGGAAGGAGAAGGAGAUGGAGAGGCGGCGUCUAAGGGAUAGAGAGAGAAGACAGUCUAUGAGCCAAGACGAGAGGGAAAGGCAUUUAGCUCGCCGCCGCAAGAACUAUCAGCUACGAAGGCAGAGAGCUGAGGUGAGCCGCAUCGGCUCUCAGAUCCAAGAACUCGCCGGAGAAGGGAGCCAGUUAGCAGUGGCCUCACCUAUUCAAUCUGGAGACAGCAGUACUGUCCCGUUGGUUGAUUCUGAUCAGAGUGUGGGAAUAUCAGUGGAGGAGUUCGGUAAACUGGUGGGGACGAUACGGCUUAGCCGUGUGAAGCAUCUGGCGAGGACACUGAGGAAGUGGAGUACUAAUGGUGCAGAAGCAAGCAGCAGUACUGGAGCAACGAACGCAAUGACAAGACGUGCAAUGUCAAGUGGGCUGCGUCUGAGUCGAGUGAAACGACUGGUGAGAUCAAAGGGACAGCAGGAGGGGUUGUUGUUGUCACAACAUUCACCAACAUAAGGACUCAGUGGAGUUCACAAACUUGAACAAGAGCCUCAUAUGAUAAUGUUAGCGUGUUUGUAAAAGUGAACACAUUAUCUUUUUGGAGACAUCUUUGAAGCUCACCAAUUUUGUUUUACAGUACACAAGGGGGGAUACAUUACUACAUACAUCGUUUUGAUUGUUAACGCAAAAAGAGAAAUUUCGUAACGCAAUUUCAAAGCUUAUUUCAGUGUUGAAUUUUGCAACAAAACAAGUGCCACUAAUAUAUCACAAUGGACUCGACCAAAAAAAAACCCAAUUUGAGAGAUACAUCAUCAAAUGAAUCCGAUGUUUAAUAUAUUCCAGAACAGCAAUCUGUCUUCCCCCAAGGCUUCAAGAUAGAUAUGAUUGUUCAGCUAUGCUAUUAAUCCGUACAUAAAGCAAAGUAUGUCUCUGAAAUAAUUAGAGCUGAAACAAGAUCGAUCAUCAUAAAAAGGUUACUAUACAUAAUACAUGAA